UAAUGAGCUCACUGCGACAUGGCAUCAGGAUUCAGGUCUCGGCGAUCUCUGUGGUGAGAACAGUCUAAACGUGAUGGCGACUGCUGGAACUGCAGACUCUGGAUCAACAGCCCCGACAGAUAUAAGGACUCAUUUCUGGAGGAGAGCAUUGCAGAGAGGGGCCAGCAGCAUUCGAAAAAUGGCCCCCGCCGAGAUGCCUGGCUCUUCAGGUACAACGCAAAGUAUGAAGAAAACAAUUGGGCAUCGAGGUGUAGAGACAACCACUGGGGAGACCACAUACAAAAAAACCACAUCGUCGGCACUGAAAGGUGCAAUCCAGCUUGGUAUUGCUCACACUGUCGGCAGCUUAAGCCAAAAGGCGGAAAGGGAUGUUCUCAUGCAGGACUUUGUGGUCGUGGAAAGCAUCUUUUUCCCGAGUGAGGGCAGUAAUUUGACCCCGGCUCAUCACUACAGCGACUUUCGCUUCAAGACUUAUGCUCCCAUUGCCUUCCGCUACUUUCGAGAAAUGUUUGGGAUCCGUCCAGAUGACUAUAUGUAUUCCUUAUGUAAUGAGCCACUGAUCGAGCUGUCCAACCCUGGAGCAAGCGGAUCCAUCUUUUAUGUGUCAAGCGAUGACGAGUUCAUCAUCAAAACUGUCCAACACAAGGAAGCGGAGUUUCUUCAGAAACUCUUACCCGGUUACUUCAUGAACAUAAACCAAAACAAGCGAACGCUGCUCCCUAAAUUCUACGGGCUGUACUGCGUUCAGGCGGGUGGGAAGAACAUCCGGAUUGUGGUGAUGAACAAUCUCUUGCCCCGGAUCAUCCCCAUGCAUCUGAAGUACGACCUGAAGGGCUCCACCUACAAGAGACGAGCUUCUCCAAAGGAAAGGGAGAAGGCCGUCCCCACUUACAAAGACCUGGACUUCAUCCAGGACAUGCCUGACGGCCUGCUGCUGGAAGCAGACAACUACAAUGCCCUUUGCAAGACCAUUCAGAGGGACUGCCUGCUUUUGCAGAGUUUCAAGAUCAUGGAUUACAGUCUGCUGAUGGGGAUUCACAACAUGGAGCAGGCGAGCCGAGAGAAGGAUCGCGGCGGAGGCCCUUUAGGGGAAAGUGUGGUGUCAGAAGGUGCAGUGACUCCAGAUCAACGUCGCCCGCAACCCCAGAGAAGUCUUUACUGUACAGCCAUGGAGUCCAUCCAGGGGGAGGCCCGGGGCAAGGAGGCGAUGGAUUCAGAGGACCACAUGGGAGGAAUUCCAGCUCGUAGUUCAAAGGGAGAGAGGCUCCUCAUCUAUAUCGGUAUCAUAGAUAUUCUCCAGUCUUACAGAUUCAUUAAAAAGUUGGAACACUCCUGGAAGGCGUUGGUUCACGAUGGGGACACAGUUUCCGUCCACAGACCAGGCUUUUAUGCAGAGCGUUUCCAGCAAUUCAUGUGCAACACGGUGUUUAAGAAGAUCCCACUGAAACCGUCACCGUCUAAGAAGAGCCGUGGUGGAGGUCAGGGAGGACUUAGGAGGGCCCCCACUCUUGGAGCGCCCACUCCAUUAUCCCACGCAACCACACAGCCAGCUGUUGAAUCUAGAGUCGUGUAUCACAGUCAUUUUAAAAGCACAGACGCGGAGGCUGACAGUAGUACGCUGUCCGGCAGACCGGAUCUGGUUCCGAAGACGCCUCCACUGCCAGACAACCCUGCUGAUGGUGAGGCCAACCUCUCCAUCUCAUCACUCGGCAGUACAGGAGCUGCCUCCACCUCCCCUCCACUGCGAUCCGUGGGAGUGGAAGUUCAUAAAUCGGCAAAUACAGACAAUGACCUGGGAGCCUCACCUGGUUUUGGGGCAGAAGAGGCUGCUGAUAAUUCAGGCAACCUGUCUGGAAACGAAGAUGCAGUUUCUCUUUCUGACGUGAUCCCAGAGACCAACAUCUAGUUUCAGUACUUUUUUGCAGCGAAAAAGAAAAAACAACACGAUAAACCCACCAUGGUCCAUUUUAGAAGAUGAGGAGCUCCUGCACAAGUGAACAAAACAGGAAGAACCCGUCAAAGUAAAAGUUGUCCACCCGGCUCGGUCUUUCCCUUGCACUUGUGAUGUCUUCUCAUCGCUUAGAUUUUACCCCGUGGAUGAAGGCCUGAGGUGUUAAGGGGUUUUGUUACAAAAAAAAAACCAAGAGUAGAACUGACUAGAGGAUUGUUAUGUUUCCAAUGCCUCCAUAUUUGUUGGCAGCUGUGGCACACUUUCUACAAUCUUUCAUAUACGUACGCUGCAAAGGCACAUUAGAGAAAAAGCUCAGUAAUAAAAAAUGUAAUCAAGAACUGUGGAGAUGGAAGAACCUGAAGAGCGAUCUGAGUGAGCAGGCGGUUCAAAGAAACACUCGAUGGAAAGUCACAGCCUCCGAGGAUAGAGUGUGCUUGUGUUUACUUUGUACCCAUGCCAAGGAAAGGGGGGGCAACAUUUCUUUGACUUUCACUCCAAAACAGUAUUAAACCCCAUCCAUAUAACCUGCCCCCCUCUACAGUCCUCAUCAAAAUGGCAAAAACUAAGCGUUUAGUCAAUAAAAGUAAUUCGAUCAACACUUAUGCUGGUAAAUCUUUAUCGACUGGGGAUGUACAGUGUUAGAAAAUGAAAGAGCGUUGGAUCCGGACAAACCAAAGUCUUUGUCCCGGAAGCUACAGCGGUGCUUUCCUCGCUCCCACUAAUGUUUGAAUGUACUUUGCUUUGUUCUCAUGAAAAUGUGUCCUACACAGCCUUAGGAUGCUGUUAAAUGAGUUAAUUUAUUAAGAAUACUUUCAAGUUUGGGUCUGUUUUCGGUCAUGUCUGUGCCUUCUACAUCUUCACUCCCCCCCCUUCCCUGUAUUUCGUAGUAAGUGCUCUAGUUGCAACGUAGAAACCUGCCUUAUGACUAGCUGAGAUCAUCACACUGCCAUUUGUAUGGACAUCCAGUCUGAGAACAAACACUAGCACAAUCCUUUAUUUAUCCUAAGUCCUUUUAUUUUGGCUUCAUCAGCUGGAAUAGUCAUUUCCUUUCAUCAGACAGCAAAAACACCUACUCGUCUUUCCUUUCUGACGGUUACAGAAAUGACACUUGCCCACGUUCUGUUCUGGACCAACGCUACUUACCAUCUGAAGGAGGGUUUUACUGAAGAUUUUUACUUAAAAUCUGCGUUAAGAUUUCCGUGCAGAGUGUGCUGAAAGCUGAUGGGAGAUUUCUGAUGCAGAAAUUUGAAUUUACUCUGUAGUGAAUGUAGCACCGUCUGAUUUUAGGAAUUAUUCCUGCUAGUGUCAAACACUUGCUGGGUUUUUAGUGGAGGGAGGGGGGCAGGGUCAUUAUGAAGAGGUGAAAUGGAUCACACUGAUGCAGAGGCUGGUCUUUUAUUUUGAAAUGGAGUCACGUCACCAAAGAGAAGAGCCCAGAAACUGAAGGGGAAAAAUGGGACACUCCUGUUUGGACUGAUGUGUUUUAUUUAGUGAUAACAGUGGGUUUACUGUUAAACUGGAUUUUUAACGGUGGCUUUAAUUUUCAGAAUCCUGUGUUAACUGGAUGUUUGAUUCUUUUGCCGAACUAUUUCAUUUGCAUCGCUGCCAGAAACAACCCUUAUUGUUAUUGACUGCAGAAUUUGUCCUCCCAAUCCUUCUAAAUCUCCUCACAGUAGACUUUUGUAAAAGCAGUAAUGCUUUUAGAUUAUAGGAAUGACAUGCUGUAAGUAUUCCAAUUUUUUUUUAAAUCAUUUUAGAAAUGAUGCAAAAAAUAUGAAUUUUCUUAAUUAAAACCAUCAACCUGAACACUCCCAAGAACUCUGGUUCUUCAAAAUAAACUAAAAACAUCCAUCCUAUAUUUUUACAGUUGGGUUUUUUUGUGUGUAGUUACUCUCUAAAAUGUUUAUUACAGGUCAAUUUUGAUUGUUUUAUUUAAAACAAAAGUUUGCUUUGAAGAAAACAAAAACUAUCUGGUGCUUUUGGAAGUUGUAGACACUACAAUUAUUUUUGAAGGAAUGCAAUAUGAACCACAAUCUACCACUUUGGAUGGUCUAAUACUAUGAUUGAAGAAGGUUGAAGUAACAGAUUUGUAUGAAAUACUUGAGAUGAGUGUAAGCUGUAAACUGAAAGAAGGAUGUCUCGAACUUUAGAGCUUGUAUUGACUGUAAAGAGGACGACAUGACAAUUUCUCCUUUUUGUACUUUUCCAUUGUGUAAAUAAUAAUAUUGUCUUUCCACAAUGAUCCAAGAUUGUUUAUCUCUCAUUUUCUACAUGAAUGUUUAGAGUGGCAUUUCAGCCAAUAUUGCUGGUUCUCUUACGUGCUUUGAUUAUUCUUAUUCUUAUAUAUUUUUUUCUGUAUAAAAUGUUGAUAUGUACAUAAAGGUCACAGAAAUGCCUUGUCAUGCAACGUGUGCUGCCUGUUCCUCCUACCAUGUUACAUUUGAGUGGUGGUGAUGUUUCCAUUUCUGAUUUGAAAGGAUUAAAAAUAUUUUCUAAAUCUUU